GCGUUCGUGGGUCUCGACGGGCAGAGAGAGAGUGUGUCGGAGCAGAUCGUUGAGCCGAGGACCGAACGUGCGCGAACCUCGAGGUAUUCCCCCAAAGGUAUGAGUCAUCGGGCACAGUUUCACACAGUUUCGGGCAAAAGAACCUGCGAUACGUGUGCGCCGACUUGGUGUUUACCGGUGAAAGAGGAUCACCGCGCGUCUCUGGAGCCGAUCCCGGGUGCACCGUUGUAAUUGAGGUUAUCGAAACGGUCCGCACGGGAGACAAGGAGGCCCGGUCGGCUUUUCCCUCGGCAAUCGAAACGAACAGAGAGAAAGAGAGAGAGAGAGAGAGAGGGAGAGAGGGAGAGAGAGACCGAUAAGACGGAAUCCAAACGAGCCAGCCCGUCGAACCACGUAAACAUGAAGCUGGACGUGUCCGACGUGCUUUACGACAGCUCUAGCGUGUCCAGCGACAGCGGCACGUCACAGAGCUCCCGCGUCAGCCAUGAUUUUCUCUCCAGCAUCGCGAACUCGUCCAUACUACACAGCAACUUGGUAUCCUUGGACGGAUUACACAGCGGCGUGCCGACGAGGACGACGCCGACGCUGACGCCGACGACGCUCCGCAGCAUCGAGCAGACGUUCCUGGAGCUGACCAGCGAGUCAGCGUCGCACAGCCGCGAGGCCGGGUUCGUGCCGCCCCUGGUCGAGCCGUCGCAGCCGACCCCGGCGCAGACCCAAAACACGGCGACGCACCACAUCAUCGCGGCGAGUGCCGCCCCGGUGGCAGCGACGAACACCACCCUCGUGGAGCCCCAUCAGACACAGCCGCAGCCGCAGCAGCCAGCGAGGCGCAACAUGGGCGGCAGAAGGCCCACCAGAACGAUCGGCAUGACCCCGGAGGAGGAGGAGCGCAGGCAGAUACGCCGGGAGAGGAACAAGAUGGCAGCUGCGAGGUGCCGCAAGCGAAGAAUGGAUCACACCAAUGCCCUGCUAGAAGAGACUGAGGGUCUGGAACAAAAGAAACAGAGCUUGCAGGAGGAGAUCCACCAGCUGCAGCAGGCCAAAGACGAGCUAGAGUUCAUCCUGGAAGCCCACAGAGCGGUUUGCCGGCUCCGCUCGGCGUCACCUCCGGACAUCAAGCCCGUGAUAAAGCCGGACCUUCCGGCCGAGGAUCAAUUCACCGAGAACGACAACGUGAUGGGUAAACAGGAGACGACGAUGAACGCGAACGUCAGACCGAACCGGCCGAACUCGCUGCCGGUCGGGUUCGACAACAACAACAGACCGAACUCGUUGCCGAUCUUCAGCGAGCCGAAGGAGCGGCCGGACACGUUGCCGUUCAAGACGGUGGAGACGCCAGCGUUCAUGAAGCCGUCGAUGGACGUCGCGGGCAUGCCGAUCACGACACCGACCAGCGGCAUACCGUUCAACUUCGAGUCGCUGAUGGAAGGCGGCACAGGCCUCACGCCGGUCUCCACGCCCAUGAUACCGUCCUGCUCGACGCAACAGAGAAACAACCUAUCCGCCGUGGACCUCAGCUCCCCGGACGCCAACCCGCCGAAAUUGGUCAGCUUGUGACGCCAGGAGGGCCUCGAGUACGGGUCGAACGAGGACGACCCGGAAUGAAAUGGUGUCACGUGUAUUUGCUGCAAUAACCGUGUGCGGACGAAAUCGUAGGGUUGUACGGGAGCGGGGAGGAUGAUGAUGAUGAUGAUGAGGAUGAUUGUUGAUUGAUGAUGAUGAUGAAGAAGACGACGAAGAGGAGCAGUAGGAACCAUGACGCGAUAGGAGAAGCUUUGCGAGGAAUUUCUUUUCUACAUCAGCCAGCUGUUGCCAUACGACGCCGCUAAACGAGAAAACUAUUGAUCUUUGUUGGGCAGUAUUAAACGGAAGACCCUCUGCAACGAAUUUUGUCUUUUCUCCCCAUUGAUUGUUGCGCCGACAUUCUUUGUUAUUGUAAUCGUCGGGAAAACGAUAUUGUCUACCCCGCGCGACGCGUUUCGUCGUUGACAAGACGCGUCGGAAACGUUGACUCUCGCCGUUCCGUCGAUGGACGUCGACGAACGCUAACUGCGAUUUUUAUUCGUGAAGGAUGCAAUAAAAGGAUGUCGCUGACACCCGAUAUUCCCGUUUCUCAUUGUACGCGACGGGCGUUCUUUUCGCGACCGAUACGGUUACCCUUGUCAUGAGAUUCCGCCGGCGAAUUGCGUUUACUUUUUUAAUUCCUCCUCGGGCCCCGGAGACGCGGAUCGGUUCCUCGGGAGGGAAUUCCGGUUUCGCCUUCCCUGCGAUCCGCCAGCGAGGAUCGGUCUCGUUUCCCGAGGACUCGACGUUGGUCGGGGAACGCGCGCGACGAGCGAGGCAUCCUCGUCGCUUUUCCCCUCUUCCGCGAUGGGGAAAACACUGAUCUCGCGACCGAUACGGGAAAAGAACGUUUCGAAAUGGAAAAAGAAACAUAUAUAUAUAUAUAUGAUGUACCUCGAACGAGACGCGGCCAGAAGUCGAGCCGAUAUCUGAGCUGUUUGUUAAUUAAGAAACUCUCCGCGCGUGCUGUAUUUUCUACCCUCUCGUGGACGAUAACGGUUUUAUAUGCGCGCGCAAGUGAUAUGUAAUUGUAUUUAAACUUCGUAACGUUUCACGCAAACAAAUUAGGAUGUAACGACCGAGCAUAUUAAUAAGAUUGUCACGUAUCUCUUCGUUCUCUUUCUUUCUUCGUUCUAUACUUUUUGUUCUCUUUGUUCUACUUCUCUUUUUUGUAAGGAAUCGAAUUGUAUGUCGACAGAGGAUUUUAUACUGGCCGCGACGAUCGCGCGCCGUUCAAGGCAAUCGAUUUUCCAGAGCUCAAAACGUGUUGACGUAGGGAUAAGGGAACUCCGUCGUCUUUGGAUUGCGCCCGACUCGAUCGAGCCGCGAACGUUGCCGCGCGAUUCGGAGGUUAAACCGAUCUUGAAAGGCUCAACGGCGACGCGAGCGUGCGUGCGUGCGCGCCCGGAAUUGCACCGUCGCGUCGCUCGCCAGUUUAUUGUACGUUUCACUUGGCGAACGAGUGCCGCGCGCGACGCCGGCGCACUCGAACGUUUCAUCCCCUGGAGUCGUUCCCAUUUGCAAUACUUUUCCGAGAGAAAGAUUUCUGUGCAACCGACGUGUUCGUUGCAAGUCUCAUCCCCAUUUUUAACAUUUAAUCCCUCCAUACAUAUAAUAAUAUAUACGCAUACAUAUAUUUUACUAUGUAUGACAUUUUUGCAUGAUCUUAAGCAAUAUUAAUAUAUUUAUGCGCGGCGGCCGAUCGCGGGACCGGUCCCACAGAGCAGCAGCAGCAGCAGCAGCAGCAGCAGCAGUUUGUAAUUUCCUCCUCUCCGUCUCUCUUCGGGUUUCUUGCUCCGCCGGUCACCCGGCCCCGGCGAUCGGCGACCGCGAACGACGAUCGUAUAAGAAAGAUUGUAACGCACCAUUGAUAAUGCUGCAAUAUAUUUUCAUUAGAUUGGAACGAAUAAAAAAAAUGUGAAACCGAGCAUGUAAUUAAUCGAGGAUAAGACGCGCGAGCCGUUGUCCUCCUUAGGUGUAAGCGUUGUUGCCGUCUGUGUGAAACGAUUUUUACGCUGGAUCGACCGAAUUUACACCUUUGUAAAGUUGAACUACGCUGAUUUUUAUUAAUACACGAGAAUUCAAAAGGA